CGGUCUGCUGUUAGGUGGUCUUAUGAUCGGGUAAUUAGCUUUUAAAAGAAGUGUUUUUUAAUUUACCGAAAUACGUUUUUAUUAUUUUAUUGCUUUUUAUGUCAUUUUUAUUUCAACCGAGUCGACUGUUUCCGACCGAAACCCCCACGCGAAUUGUGUGUUUCUUCUUAUCUACUUCUCUGUCGUUGGAAAACAAUGAAAUGAAGGCCUAGCGUUACUAGUUAAUCGGCAAUAUAGCGAACGUCAGCUAACUAAAUCAGAUAAUCUGCGAGUCUGUGUGGGAUUUCAAUUGAUGACUGUAUUAAUCAUCGACAUUACACUGUGAAUUCAAAUCAGGUAUGUCGUCCCAGCUCCAGGUGUUCUCUGCUCCCUCCAGCUCCUCCAGCGCAUUUUGUCGUGUCAAGAAGAUGAAGGUGGAGAACUGUGUUUGGGACGCUUCCUCUGACUGUCCAUACGGUUCAGUGGGGGGACAGCAGGGAGUAGGGGGUUACUCCUUCACCCCUGCACUAGGCAUGGCAGUGCCCACCUUCGCCCCCUCUGCGUUAGUGUUCCCUCCCGCCCCAGGCUCCCGUGGCCAGGUGGUGGUCAGGCCAGCGGACAGCACGGGAAACCUCCCCCGGGGCUCCAGUCGCCGCCUCAACGACCAGUACACACACUCCUCCUCACACACAAACUCUGAGACGGCCAGCAUGGGGAACGGGAUGCGACGACACGGCCAGAAGAGGAAGAACGACGACGUCGUCAAAGGGAGCGGGAGCGGCUGUGGGAGUGUUCAGAUCUUGGAGGAGCUCUCUGCCCCUCCUCCCGUCUUCUCUACGCGUACGGGGGGAGGAGGAGGUGGUACGGGCCAGUCCAUCCCCCACUCGGCCCCCACCACCAAGAGCUCCAGCUCCAGCGGAGAGGGGGACUACCAGCUGGUGCAGCAUGAGAUUCUGUGUUCGGCCUCCUGUAGUUAUGAGGUGCUGGAGUUUCUGGGGAGGGGGACCUUCGGUCAGGUGACCAAGUGUUGGAAGAGGGGAACCAAUGAUAUCGUGGCCAUCAAGAUCCUGAAGAACCACCCCUCGUACGCACGACAGGGUCAAAUCGAGGUGGGCAUCCUGAACCGUCUGAGCUCGGAGAACGCCGACGAGUUUAACUUUGUGCGUUCCUACGAGUGUUUCCAACACAAAGGUCACACCUGCCUGGUGUUUGAGAUGCUGGAGCAGAACCUGUAUGACUUCCUGAAGCACAGCAAGUUCAGCCCCCUGCCGCUACAACACAUCAGACCCAUACUGCAACAGGUGGCGACUGCGCUGAUGAAGUUGAAGUCUCUGGGUCUGAUCCAUGCUGACCUCAAGCCAGAGAACAUAAUGCUGGUGGAUCCACUCAGACAGCCCUACAGGGUCAAGGUCAUCGACUUCGGCUCAGCCUCACACGUCUCCAAGGCUAUCUGCUCAACGUACCUGCAGUCACGAUACUACAGGGCUCCAGAGAUCAUCCUGGGCUUGCCGUUCUGUGAGGCUAUAGAUAUGUGGUCUCUGGGCUGCGUUAUAGCUGAGCUGUUCCUGGGGUGGCCGCUGUACCCCGGGGCCUCGGAGUAUGACCAGAUCCGGUACAUCUCCCAGACCCAGGGCCUGCCUGCAGAGUACCUGCUGAGUGCCGGCACCAAGACAAGCCGCUUCUUCAAGAGAGGACCUGACUCCAGCUAUCCCAUCUGGAGAAUCAAGGCCCCUUCGGACCACGAGGCUGAGAUGGGCAUCAAGUCCAAGGAGGCUCGUAAAUACAUCUUCAACUGUCUGGACGACAUGAUGCAGGUCAACCUAUCGUCUCACCUGGAGGGGACGGACAUGCUUGCGGAGAAAGCUGAUAGGCGGGAAUUCAUCGACCUGCUGAAGCGGAUGCUUCGAUUGGACGCUGACAAGAGGAUCACGCCCACUAAGACGCUGGGUCAUCCCUUCGUCACCAUGAGUCACCUGCUGGACUUCCCUCACAGCUCCCAUGUGAAGUCUUGUUUUCAGAACAUGGAGCUUUGUAAACAUAGGAGCUCAUCGUUCGACAACAACAACAACAACAAAACUCUCUUCUCUACGAACACUCUUCCUAGUGCUGCCGCCGGCAACCUCACUGUCACCUUCAGCAGCCAGCUGAGCCAGCACAACCAGGUCCCGUCAGCAGGGGGCGCUGUUCCUCUCAUGAACUACCAGCCAGCCCUGUACCAGCAGGCCACCAUCAACAUCCCUGGUCUGGCCCAACAGAGUGUCCCCGUGCAGGCACGCCCCAACGGCCUGGCCUGCCAGACUGAGCCCUUCCAGCAGACUCUCAUCGUCUGCCCACCAAACACCAUACAGGGUCUCCAGUCAUCCAAUAAGAGCUCUAGUUUCCCAGUGAGGAUGAACAGUUCAGCCCCCAUAGUGAACCAGAACCAAUCAACACAGCCACUGCAGCUGCAGCCUGCCAUGCUCACACAGGGCUCCUGCACACCCCUGAUGGUAGCCACCCUCCACACCCACCCCCCCACGGUAGCGGGCGUAGCCCCCCAGUACUCUGUUCCCCUGGGGCUGGGCUGUGAUGCUGGCCACCCCACUCUGCUGGAGCACACUGCCACCGUGCUGCAGGCUUGGCCCGCCGGCACCCAGCAGAUCCUCAUCCCGUCGUCAUGGCAGCAGGUUCCUGGCGUGGCCAUCCACGGCUCCGCCCACCAGACGGUUGUCGCGGAGUCUCCCAUUGAGACUCUCCAUCCGGACACAGCCCAGCACACAAACAGCUGGAGGGGGUCUCAGUACAGGGGAGUCCUGCAGCAGAGUCAAUCGACCUCUGACCCUAGCCGGGGUCAGGCCACCCAGAGGUCACAGCAGGAGAGGAGCGGAGCGGGGAAGAGGGCCAAAGGUCGCCGUGGCAACAACAGAACAACCAGGGGUGUGUCCGGUGUGUCGCUGCUCACCAACGCCAUGCUGACUCCGCCCACCUGUAGUGUGGCAGCUCUCUCUCAGCCAAUCAUCAUCUCAGACACGCCCAGCCCGGCGGUCAGCGUCAUCACCAUCCACAGCGACUCAGACGAGGAAGACGAGAGGAAGUUCCACCCCGCCAGCUGUGGUCCAGCUCAGAGGACUAACGUGAUCAGCUGUUUGACGGUCCACGACUCUGACUCCUCCACGGCCAGCCCCCUCACCCCCCGCCUCCUCGCCGGCUCCAGCACUCUCACACACCUCCGGGGAGGGGGGACGUCUAUGGGCAGGUCACUGGCCGUGGUGGCACCAUCUGUCAAGACCCAGCCGACUGAGACAGGGCAACUCCAGAGCUCCUACAUCAAGCCCAAGCGGGCCAAUCGACAGCCCUGUAGUGGUGACAACAGCGACCGCCAUAAGCUUGUCCCCAGCCAAUCACAUCCUCUCAACCUCAGCCAGGUACAGCCUGUAGUCUCAUCCUCAUCCUCGUCUCAGGACCGUUCCCACGGCAGCCUGCGUCGCCAGGCAACCUACCCCCCUAGCCCCGCUUCCCACUACACCUUUCAGGAAGCGCCCUCCCUAAGCGCCGCCCCCAGCCUCUACACCUUUCCCGCCUCCGCAGCGCUAGCCUCCGCCUCUCAGGCCAUGGAACAGUUCCUGGGGCGUGGCCACCCCACCCCUUCCACCUACGCCCCUCCCACCGUCUCCUACGGAGCCUCGGGGUUGGCCCGGAGUGACGCAGGGACCAGGAAGGAGUCUUCGGUGGGGUCAGGGAUGAUCCAUGGGGUGGGGCUUCCUGCAACCUAUCAGCACCAGUUUACUGCUGGGCCCCCAUACAUUAGUGUGAGGCCCCGGGCUGAAGCCUACAGCGCAUACCAGCUCAGCCCUCGACGCUUGGGACAGUACCCUUACUUGUGAUGAGACGUGAGGCGCUUUCAGCAGCAUGCAACGUUUUGGAACGUUCAGAUAGAAAAAUCCUACGUAGAACAAACGUGUCUGUGAAUUGCAGAUCACAUUAGAGCUGGGAUGAUAAACCAAAAAUGAUUGACACCGACUAUACCUGACCACUUAUCGCAGACAUUUUGUUAAUAUCGUUCGUUAUAAUACGUAGCCUCUAAUAGAGAAAUGUGAAGUUUGAAAUUAAAUAAGUUUACUAAUAUGGGUGAUUGUUGAUAGAACAAUUGAUGGCUACAAACAUCAAACUAGUAGUAGUUUAAAGGCCCAAUGCUGCCGUUUUUAUCUCAAUAUCAAGCCAGUUCUGGGUAACAAUUAAGUACCUUACUGUGAUUGUUUUCAAUUAAAAUAAUCUAAAAUAAACAGAAAGCUAAAUAGCAAAGAGCAAUUUCUCAAGCAAGGAUUUUGCUAGGACUGUCUGGGAGUGGUCUGACUGGGGAGGAGAAACUGAAAACUAGCUGUUAUUGGCAGAGAGUUUUGGAACUCUUUCUUAUUGGUCUAUUAACUAAUUAACCACCUGGUGAUGUCACCAGACACGCCCAAAACUCCACCCCACCAAAAACAGGCAGCCAUUUCAGGCGGUCUUUUCAAACAGUUUUUACAUUUAAAGGGCAUUAUCAUAUAUAUAUAUAUAUAUAUAUAUAUAUAUUUUUUUACAAUUUCACAGUGUUAUUCCAACCACACAGGGGGGAAAAACAAUGUUUUAGGCUACACUGGGCCUUUAAAGGAUAUUAAAACUAUAUGUUGGUGCAGAUUUGUUAUAUACUCCCCUUUCUAUGUACCAUUGUCAAAUCAAUUCAGGUCAUUUAUCCCGAUGUGGAUUUGUUUGUUGUCCUUAUCGCCCAGCUCUAGAUCACGUCGACACUAUUCAUGACAUUUUUUUUUUUUUAAAUCUGAAACGUUGGGACAACGUUUUGCAACUGAACGUGGCUAUGAUACUGGGGCGAGAGAUGGGGGGAGGGGCGAUAAUGUGUAGGACUAUGGCUCUCACACACACACUCUCUGAAGGGGCAAUAAGACCCCCCCCCCCCCCACAUCACCUUGUGGAUGAAUCAGGGAGGGCUAUGGAAAGGGGUGGGGUGGGGGGGGUUCCUUUGAAUUUUUGCACUACUGCAUUUUAUUUACUGUUAAGCAGUGGUUCACCUCAAACUGGUUUAACAGCAUUCUGUUAAGCAGUGGUUCACCUCAAACUGAUUUAACAGCGUUAUGUUAAGCAGUGGUUCACCUCAAACUGGUUUAACAGCGUUAUGUUAAGCAGUGGUUCACCUCAAACUGGUUUAACAGCAUUCUGUUAAGCAGCGGUUCACCUCAAACUGGUUUAACAGCGUUAAGUUAAGCAGUGGUUCACCUCAAACUGGUUUUAACAGCGUUCUGUUAAGCAGUGGUUCACCUCAAACUGGUUUAACAGCGUUCUGUUAAGCAGUGGUUCACCUCAAACUGAUUUAACAGCGUUCUGUUAAGCAGUGGUUCACCUCAAACUGGUUUAACAGCUUUCUGACCUUUUGUAGUAGUAUUAUUAUUAUGUGAUAUUGUACUGUUAUUUUUCCCAGCAGAAAAAGUAUAAUUGUUUUGUUUUAUCCCUGUUUUAAUUGGAUGUAGAUUGAGGCGUUCUGGUUUUUAAUAACAUAUAUAUUAUAAAUUGUGUUUAUUUAAAAGGCUUUGUGUUUUAAAGGACACUGGUCUCUUCUAGGGGUCCAGUCAGUGAGCUGAAACACAGAAUACUGGAGAUACAAAAUGUGUUUCUAUACCGAAUGAAAUGUAAGGAUCAGGAUGUAUAUGAAAUGCACUUCCAUAUGAAAUGUAGGAAUAUGAUAUGAGUCUGUGUGGUCUGUAGCGUUGCUGCCUCCUGAAUAGGCCCUAGCUGUCUCCUUGCAAUAGGAGAGCCCAUUGUCUCACGUCAGAUGGCGUCACUCCUACGCGACGCUCGUCCCUCAACCGAGUUUUUUUUUUUUUUUUUGAGUGCAAACGGCCGUCAACGCUAUCUGACGUCAGACAAUGUAGGAGAGCCUAGAAAGGCGUAGCUAGAGAAACGGCGCACCUAGCUAGGGAGAUGCUACUGCUAGCUAAUUAGCUAGCUAAUCUUAAGAAAACCUACAGGAGACCUUUGUAGCCUAACUAUAGCACAGCUAGCUAGAGAGAUGCCAGCUUUUAGCUAACCCAAGGCCGGUCUAAAGGUGAUCCAAGUAUCUUUAGCAUGACAGGCUAGCUAGAGGAAUGCUAGCUACUUGCUAAUUUAAACAAAGCACUUAAGGUGAUUCCGUUUUCGUCCUCAUGCUAGCGAGCAGUAGCCACAUGCUGGCGAGCAUGAGGGAAAAAAACGUCUCAGCAGUGUCUAGAUCUAAACAAAAGCCCUUUCCAACCAUAUAGCAGAGCGUAUAAAGUUGGAAUCUUCUAGCUUACCUAAAGGUGAUUUGUGUGUCUUUAGCAUGGCUGGCUAACUAGCUAGAGAUGCUAGCUAUAUGCUAACCUAAAUAACUUAUAACGGUGAUCCUUGUGUGUUUAGCACCCUUAUAUAACCCAAACUAAUCCAGUGACAUCCAUAAUAUGGUUUGAUAAUGUUUGUAUUAUAUUUUACAUAUAGCCUAACUCCUGUGUUUUUAGUUCUACAUGUUCGAAAUGUUAAGUUCUAAACUUCUCUAUUGUGAGUUUAAAUUAUGUUUUGUGGUUAAUGUGAGCUGUCACACAAGACGGUCUUGUUGGUGGCUCAUGCCGCACCUGAUGGAUGGUAAGACGUUUGAAUGGAAGGAGAAGGAGACAGAAAUGUAUGGUUGUUUGACACUGAUGUUCUGGAUCAUUUCAUUUAAAUCAUUAGCAUGUUGUAUGUAGUCUAUUCUGUCACAGCCUGGUAACGAUGUAGUCUAUUCUGUCACAGCCUGGUAAUGACGUAGUCUAUUCUGUCACAGCCUGGUAACGAUGUAGUUAGUCUAUUCUGUCACAGCCUGGUAACGAUGUAGUCUAUUCUGUCACAGCCUGGUAACGAUGUAGUCUAUUCUGUCACAGCCUGGUAAUGAUGUAGUCUAUUCUGUCACAGCCUGGUAACGAUGUAGUCUAUUCUGUCACAGCCUGGUAAUGAUGUAGUCUAUUCUGUCACAGCCUGGUAACGAUGUAGUCUAUUCUGUCACAGCCUGGUAACGAUGUAGUUAGUCUAUUCUGUCACAGCCUGGUAACGAUGUAGUCUAUUCUGUCACAGCCUGGUAACGAUGUAGUCUAUUCUGUCACAGCCUGGUAACGAUGUAGUCUAUUCUGUCACAGCCUGGUAACGAUGUAGUCUAUUCUGUCACAGCCUGGUAACGAUGUAGUCUAUUCUGUCACAGCCUGGUAACGAUGUAGUCUAUUCUGUCACAGCCUGGUAAUGAUGUAGUCUAUUCUGUCACAGCCUGGUAACGAUGUAGUUAGUCUAUUCUGUCACAGCCUGGUAACGAUGUAGUCUACUCUGACACAGCCUGGUAACGAUGUAGUCUAUUCUGUCACAGCCUGGUAAUGAUGUAGUCUUUUCUGUCACAGCCUGGUAACGAUGUAGUCUAUUCUGUCACAGCCUGGUAAUGAUGUAGUCUAUUCUGUCACAGCCUGGUAAUGAUGUGGUCUAUUCUGUCACAGCCUGGUAACGAUGUAGUUAGUCUAUUCUGUCACAGCCUGGUAACGAUGUAGUCUAUUCUGUCACAGCCUGGUAACGAUGUAGUCUAUUCUGUCACAGCCUGGUAACGAUGUAGUCUAUUCUGUCACAGCCUGGUAACGAUGUGGUCUAUUCUGUCACAGCCUGGUAAUGAUGUAGUCUUUUCUGUCACAGCCUGGUAACGAUGUAGUCUAUUCUGACACAGCCUGGUAACGAUGUAGUCUAUUCUGUCACAGCCUGGUAAGGGAGACGGUCACACUAGUCUUCACACGCGCACAUUCAGUUGAGCACAGUUUAAAGUAUUUGAAAUUAUUUCAAAUAGUAAUUGAACCCAGGUCUUCACAUGACAUACUGAGCGUUUUAAUGUUUGUUGUUUGGACUGUAAUAACGAGGCUGAACGAUGGAAAGUCACAUCGCUCAUCGAUCAGCCAGGAAACUGCUUUAGAACUUAAACUGACCUACUGAAAAGGAUUUGGUUCAUUUUGUCACCUGUGGUUUAGAUAGAAGUGCAUUCUCACUCUCGGACGGAACUCUCCCAGUGUUCUAUUGUGACUGAAGGUUCCUACUGCUGUUAAAGGAAAUAUUUUACUGGUUCUGCAGAGAACCUCAGAAUAUCUUCAUCUGGGUGGUGUUGUUUAUAUAGUUUUCAAAACACUCACUGGUCUUUUUCUUGAUACUGUACUGUCUUGUCAUUAUGUUACACAAUGCAUUUAAGUAAUCAGGUUAUUGGUGAGGAUAAUGUCAACGUCAAAUCAACCCAAUCACUGUUUUCAAAUAAAUUACCCAGAAGUCCA